AUGGCGUCGUCGCAGUACGGGUUGCUGGGGCCCGGCCCGGGGGCGCUCAGCCCCGAGCAGUUGGAGAAGCUGCGCGACUUCAAGAUUCAGGCUCGGAUUGCUAACGAAAAAUACCUAAGGACCCACAAAGAGGUGGAGCUGCUCCUGAGUGGUUUCUUCAGAGAAAUGUUCUUGAAAAGACCAGACAACAUCCUUGAAUUUGCCGCAGACUAUUUCACGGAUCCAAGACUUCCCAACAAGAUUCACAUGCAGCUAAUUAAGGAAAACAAAGCGACUUAAUUAGCAAAAUCAUGACGCUCUGGUUUGUGGGCGAGACCAGCAGGAAUCCGGCC